UUAUCUUUUUUUGGCUCUGCAGCAUAUUCAUAGAAAACUUCAUAUCCCAUACUGACUGAACGAUUUUUAACGUAAAGGUAAUUAUAUCCAAAAAUAAGAAAAUGUUAUAAUAAUGAUAACUGUUAAAUAAUUGAUAGCCUGAUGGAUCGCCCACCAAUCCGAACCAAAAAAGCUUGCUGGAAGUGCUAGCGGGAAGUACCUUGGGCGUACUUAUAUCGAAAAUGUUUGUUGACAAUUAACGACCUAUUGGUGUCGUUUUCGACCAUCUUGCGUUGAGUUAUAAUUUGAUGUCAAGUGAUGGCAGGAGAGUGCUGGAUAAAUGAGUGGUGCAAUUGAUCUCAGCUUGAACCCAAUUGGUGAAAGUCAAAUUACCCCGCAAUUGAAACAACAAUGACAAUCGUCAUGCGUGAUUCACGGCUUGCGUCGAUGAUGCGACUAUUUAUAGCGAUGCACUGCAAUCUUCUCACGUACUGUACCGAAGCGCUUCACUUAUUCCAUCUUAGAAAAAAAAUCUUUGUUGAUUCAUUAGAGAAAAAUAAGGAUGGAAAACGAAACCGCCGAUGAAAUACAGAAAACUGCAGACAACUUAUACUGUUCCCUUGACGAAGCUCUUGUUGAGGAAGUGAAGCAGUUUUUGAUACUUUUGGCAGCUUUUAACAUUAUUCUGUCAUUAGUCGCAUUUCUGGGAAACACUCUGAUCCUCGAUGCUCUUCGCAAGGAGUCUUCCAUCCGUCCACCUUCAAAGCUCUUUUUUCGCUGUCUUGCAGCCACUGAUAUUUGCGUUGGAGCUUUGAUCGGGCCGCUCAGUGUUUACUAUUGGAUAUCCACCGCAAACAAGCGAUUGAGUAACUGUCAAGCUGUUGUCUCCGUCCUAUUCCUGACGGCAAACAUCUUGACCUUAGUCUCUCUGUUGACGGUGACUGCGAUAAGCGUGGACAGACUGCUCGGCCUGUCACUGGGGCAGAAAUUCAAACAUGUUGUUACCUUAAAGCGAACGUACGUGGUUGUAACUGCCUUUUGGAUCAUGUCGAUUGGCAUUGCGAUACUGCCCCUGUAUAAUUUCCUCGUGUAUUCCUGGUGCGUUUACACGAUCGUAACAUUAUGUUUAGCGACCGCGAUAUUUACUUACACCAAGAUAUUUUGCACGCUUCGUCACAAUCACAAUCGAGCAAUCUGCGUUCUUCGUCAUAUGACUCCGCUAACUUUGGCGCGAUACAAGAAGGCAGUAUCCAGCUCCCUUUGGGUGCAAGCGACGAUGGUCGUUUGUUUUCUACCCCAUGUUAUAGUAGGUAUACUCGGACAAGUUUUGCAGGAUUGGAGUAAACCUGCAAACUCUUUGCUUUUUAUUACAAAGGCGUGUACUGUGACUUUAGUUUACAUAAACUCCUCUUUAAACCCGAUUCUUUACUGUUGGAGGAUCAAAUCAAUCAGAAAUGCAGUGAAAGCCAGAAUGAAACAAAUUUUUUGCUGUUAGCUCUUGCUGUUUCAUUUUGCGUUAUAAAAUUAAAACCAACUUGCAACAAGCAUUCAACUUGCCUGAAAUGGUCUUCAUUCUCGGAACGUUAUUCUAUUUAGAGAACCUUGGCGAAGCUGUGUUGAAAUAUCAAAUAGUACAAGAGGAGAUAAAACUUGAUAUGUUUCAUUAGCAUUCGGUAAAGAU